UAUAUAAGUGCACGGUUAAACUUUUCUUGGAAAUGCAAUUGCCUUUGCUUGUGUUUUCUCUAAGCUAAAAUAAAGCUUUGAGUUUCUAAGGCAAUUGCUUUAAAAAAGAUGAGUUAUUUGGGCGUUGGAGUAAGUCCUGGAAAUGUUCCAGUUUAUCAUGGGAAUAAUUUGAAUGUGAUUGAUAGGAGAGUAAGGGUUACAGAGUUGGUGUUAAGGUGUGUGAUUUGUGGUUUAGCAAUUCUUGGUGCUGUUCUCAUUGCUACUGAUACCCAAGUUAAAGUGAUUUUCUCUAUUGAGAAAACAGCCAAAUUCACAGAUAUGAAAGCUCUUGUGUUUUUAGUGAUAGCCAAUGGGUUAGCUGCUGCCUACUCACUGGUGCAAGUUCUAAGGUGCAUUUUGAGUAUGAUUAGAGGAAGUGUUCUCUUUAAUAAACCAUUGGCUUGGGCUAUUUUUUCCGGUGAUCAGUUGAUGGCCUACUUGACACUAGCCGCGGUAGCCGCGGCCGCACAGUCGGCAGUGUUUGCCAAGUUAGGGCAAACAGAGUUGCAAUGGAUGAAGAUUUGCAAUAUGUAUGGCAAAUUCUGUAACCAAGUUGGAGAAGGCAUUGCAAGUUCUUUAGUUGUGAGCCUUAGUAUGAUAGUACUCUCUGGCAUUUCUGCUUUCAGUCUCUUCCGUUUGUAUGAAAAUAAUAGUAAAGGAAAAGGCAAUGCAAUAUGAUGAGGACUCUUUAGUUUGGUGGAUUUCCCUUGUUCUUUCUUUCUUUCUUUCCUUUUUAGAUCUUUUUUUCUUUCUAUGGAUUGUUGUAAAAUAAAUCAAGACAAAAGUUGGUGAAAUUAUAAUCAUUUUAUGUUUGCUUGA